GCAGAAGUCCCUUCCAUAUGUCCCUUACUCCAUGUCUAUUUUUCUAAGCAACUCUUCCCCUCCACCUUUAAAAAAAAAAAAAAUGCAUCAAGGAGUAAGAAAAACAAGGGAAAGCUAAUGCGGCCGCCGUAAUACAAUGCUCGCAGAAAUUCCCAAAGACAAUUCCAAGGCAUUCCAAUCCGCCGCGACUUUGGGCUCAGACUCUCCCGUCUCCUCGUCGCCUUCCCCGGAAGCCGGCCGGCUGCUGAGCAGGAGGCGGGACGCGCGCACCACCGCUGGGGACAGCGGCAUCCACCCGGAGGAGAGCGACAGCAUCCGGCCGCUGGUGUCCGCCGGCCGCAUCAUGACAUCGGCGGACUUCGGCCACGCCGGCGCCCCGCUCGUGGCCCCUCGCUCCACGCGCAGCCUCCUCUACAAGAUCCUGUGCUUCCUGCUGCUCGUCUUGCAGGGCGGCGUGCUGGACUUCUACCUGAUCGCCUUCACCGACCUAUAUUGGUGCUCGUGGAUCGCCACGGACCUGGUGGUGCUCUCCGGCUGGGCCAUUUUCUUCGUAAAGAACGCGAGGGGCAAGCGGGAGCGGGCCUGCGGUUUCCACCAGAAGGGCUCCGCGUACGGCGGUUGCAACCUGGGCGAGUUCACCUACGCCUACCUGGCGUGGCUCGUCCAUGUCAUAGCGUGUACCCCCAAGGUGGCGCUCGUCCUGGAGACCUCCAUCGUGGACCUGGUCGCCGCCAGGGUGCCGUGCGGGCUCACCGGCUUCAAGAUAGUCACCCUGCUCUCCGCACCGCUUCUCUUCUGCCUCAUCAACGCCAUCAUCGAGGAUCUGAACGGGGCCACCCGGCACCACUCCCACAGCUGCUUCACCUCCACCUGCCUGGAUCUCGUCGACAGCUUCUCCCUGGUGGAGGCGCUGCUGCGGGGCGAAAUGCCGACCCCGUACCUCAAGUACACCGUCAUCUCGGUGUACUUCGUGGCUCUGGCCGCUCCCGUCGUGUGGCUGUACGAGCUCACCGCGUCGGAGCUCCGGUGCCGGUGGCUGUGGGCUCGCUUCUUUUCCGCGGGGAUCCUGGUCAACGCGCCGCUGCUGGUGGUCCGCUGCUUCCAGGUGUACGUGUACGACGGCCCCGUAUCGGUGUUCAUGUUCAAGAAUGUCUUCUUCCUGGCGUGCACGCUGCUGGAGCUGGCCGAGCAGUGCGUGGCCGUGUGCGGCGUCCGCAGGAGGCUGGCCGGGGGGAACCACCACCACCACCACCACCACCACCACCAGGCCCACUUCUCGCACGGGGUGUCCGAGAACGACAUGUGUCCGCACGGAUACGUCAACACCCUGGCCGUCGCCCAGUCCUAGUCGCGCGGAUGUAUAGGCUUGCCUCCGAAAUUAAAAUAAUUAUGAAGCCAAUUAAUUUGAUUAAAUACGCUUUCACUCAUAGCUAUUUUUUUCCCGACAUUACAUUCUCCACGAUUUAAUUAAAAUGUGAAAUCAGCCAAAAUUAAAUAUGCAGUAUAAUUUUCUUUGUUAAAUUGUGAAACAUUUUUCAAUCAAAAGACACUAUGACAAUUAAAUUUGAAAAAUGCGUUUUAAAACAGUCUAAGUAAAUAAAGCCAAUUAUAUAAUUAAAAUAGAUUCAUAUACAUGUUUAAAACAGUUAUUGACUUGUUCAUGAGUGAAUUUAAAUUGUGAAAUAAAUUUUUUUUGCAGCCGCAAUACUUAUAAAGCCAAUUAAAGGAAUAAUUACAAUAUUAAAUAAAUCCCAAAAAAUAUUGAAUUAAAUCGUGCAAUGAUUACUUAAAUUGUUGUUUUUUGUAGCCCAAUUAACUAGAUAUUGAAAGUACCAACUAAAAUUUGUUUUAAUUAUUAGUUGAUUUGUGAAAAGUUAUCUGUUUGUGCUUUUCGUGGCAUUGUGAAAUAAAAGGAAAAUACACCAGAAAAUAGACGAAAUCACAAAAUAAAGUGAAUGUAAUUGAAAACAAUACAUUUGCAACAUACAUUGAAAUAAAAAUGCCAUGAAAUGUGUCAUAAAAAAUACAUUGAAUAAAUAAAAACGUCAGUGAAUAAUUUAUUAUGAAAUUGUACCAUAUUGAUUAUUAAUAGUAUACAAUGUUAAUAGUAACUUGAAUUAAUGAAUGGACAAUGCAAGACCUUUCAAAUUA